GCUAGACGAUAGAUGUACCGGGUACCGGGGCCCAGUUGUAUUCGAGUCGUUCAAGCAACCGGUCGCUGUCCAUUGCGUGUGUCCGAAGUGUUUGUGUGCGGGUUUUAUGUUAUUAUAAAGACACCACCGUGCUCAACCAUCACCCAGUGCCCCCGGUGCCCAGUCAGCCGUCAACCAAAAGCAGCAACAAUAUAAGAAAAGAAAAAAAACCAUGGCCGUUAGUCGAUUGUCCAUUGUGAAGUUCCUGGAGCUGGCACUCGCCAUCACCUGUGUGAUUCUUCACUACAAAAGUCUCGGCGAGCGGGAUGACAUCACGAAGCUGCUGUCGGCCGGUACCUUCGUCGGGUAUAGUGUGAUCCUAAUCGCACUGUUUGCUGGCUACAUGCUGAGCAAUCCGAUCAAUAAGAAGCUGGACCUGUUCUUCAGCCUGAUCGGUUGCGCCAUGUUUAUUGCGUCCGGUGUACUGAUCCUGAAGGAGUGGGAAAAUGCCUGGAGUACCGACACGAAAAAGAUCGCCAUCUCGAAGGGUUCGCUGGCCGUUACUAACGGUGUACUGUUCUUCUUCGACGCCAUCUUUACACUGCGCGACUAAGCGUGCAAUCACCAUAUUGAAGCCUUCUAAUGUGCUAUGAUGUUUAUGUUUUUGUUUUGUUUUAUUUUUGUUUCACAUUUUUGCAUAAUUUCAUCAUUAAUUUAACAUGCUAAACGUACUCAAUCGUCGUCCAUCCAUGAUAUGGAAGCAUUCAGCCAUAUUUACAUCAACUACGCUCCUUGCUCAGCGGUGUAAACAAAAACAGCAAAACGACCGAAUUGCGAUAAGAUUUUUUUUAAAAACAAACACUCUUGUUAGCAGCAUGUUAGCGAUCGAGUAGAAAGCUACAAACAAACUUCAAACAGUCCAAAGAAAAAGCGUACGUUACAUAGCUUCCUCACUAGAUGACGUUAGAGCAUGGAAUAACCGUGUGUAAUGCUCUGUGGAGCUUUCUAUGCAACCGCAAACGAUUUGCAGAUUGUAAACAAGGCUGCCUUACCAAAUCCGGAAACACUUUAUAAGAUUUUGUUUUUUUUGCUGAAAAUUAUUUCUCACAACAGGUUUACUCCUCAAACGCUAAUUGUCGUAAAAAAAACUGAACCAACGAUGAAAGAUGAAUCUCACAUUGCAUAUAAUGAAUGAAUGUUUUUGCUAGAAAGCUUCUGCUAUCUCUUACUCAUAUUGGUAGGUAACGAACGGUACUCGAAUCGCAACACACGAUGCAACGAUUAUACGCAUUACCUCUAAGAUAUGAUAUUAUAUCUAUACCGUUUCGAGUAUGUACUCUUUUGAUAUAUGUGUAUACAAAUAAAACUAAAUGUACAAAA